AUAGCGUACGCUCACUACGAACACGCGCCUCUUCAUCACUCUCUCUUCAUUGUCUCCUGUCGGCCUCCUCCGUUCACUCUCUCUCUCACCGGAUUUCAAAACCCUACAACCGCUUCUUUAACCCCAAAUCAAAUCCAGCGCUCGGUAACUACCUCUUCCUUAGAUCUCCGAUCAUCAAUUCCUCUUCUACUUUUCGCUCCAAUCUAUUUUUCAUCUGCAAGCUGGGGAAUCAUCAUUUGCGUGCCCUUUCAUUUUCCAUUUCAACUUUUUUUUUCUCCUUUGGUACGUGGAAUUGUAUUCAACUAUUCGUAGAACGUGCACGCCAAUGAAUUGAUGUUUUUAUUCUUGUUCUCGACUCCGUGGAAAGAGAAUUUUGAGUUUGAUUGAAGAUUCCGAGUUUAGCAUAGUUCAGUGUUUGGUAUUCGGCUGCUGUCUUCUCCUAGCCGGUUCUGCUAGUUUUAUGGAAACUGUCUAUCCGUAACUGACGAGGUUCACUCAGGAUGAUUGCUUGCAUGGUGGGUUUUGGAGGGAGUCAGAUCUCGUAAGGUUAAUUUGUACUUGUAACUGACAAACACAAUCUCAGCUUAGAUGGAUCGACGUGAUACUUCAGGAUUUGUCAGCGGAGGUGCAUUACACACCUGUUGACACAUCUAACCCCAACUUUGUAGAUAUACAUCUCUUUUUUUACCCGGAAGACAGGAACACUGUACUGUUAAAUUCAUAAAUAGGAUUAGAUAGUGUUUCUGCAGUGGUUUCAUGGACUUGAGGUUCAAGCACUUGUUGGGUUUUGCUGCUAAUCAUUCUGCAAAUGCAUUCAAGAUUUUGGGCAAUUCUAUGCAAGCUGAAGGAAGGGGAGGUGAUCAUCACGGUACAGAUACCAUCUUACGGCUUGAUUCCCCUGGACCUGGUUCUUCAAUUCCCUCCUAUGUGUCCUCUUCCAAGGGAACAAAAAGGAAGUGGGAUUUAAUUGAUGGAUGCAAGGGUCAGAGAGUUGACUCUUCUUUGUCCCUUGGGCUUGGGCGUUCAACCAGUUCCUCAGACAGCAAGGGGAGUUCAGCUGCUGCGUGCACUGCUAUGUCUUCAGCCAAAGAUACUGAUGAGGAAUCAUCUAUGGAUAUUGAACUGAACUUUUCUCUUCAUCUUGGCAGUGAUAAGGUACAGAGCAUGAAGAAGCCUGUUAAUUCAAAUUUGAAGACAUUGGAGCUGCAGCCGAAAUUUGAUUUGGAGCUGAGCCUUUCCACCGGGCCAUGUGAGUCAGAUAUUACAAGCGUUAAUCUAAAUCCAUCACCUCUUCAAUUGAAUAUGGAGAUGCCAUUUGCAUUCAAUGGGACACAAAAUACAGAUGAGGGAUCAACUUCAUGUAGUUGGAAGUCAGGGAUUGUUCUGCCAUCAUCAAAUACUGGUACUAGUUUUCUUUUAAAUCAGGCUUCGGAGCAGUUUGAUCACAGUCCCAUUGUUGUGGACCUCUCGUCAAGCAGACCAAAAAGUUCAGGCACCUGUACUUCCGGGCUUACACAGCAGCAACAGCCACUACCUCGCCAUAGUAAUUCUAAAACGUGUCAAGUGGAGGGAUGUGGAAAGGGUGCCAGAGGUGCUUCUGGACGAUGUAUAUCUCAUGGUGGGGGUAGGAGGUGUCAGAAACCUGGCUGUCACAAGGGAGCAGAGGGUCGUACAGUGUACUGCAAGGCACAUGGAGGUGGCAGGCGAUGUGAAUUCCUUGGUUGCACAAAGAGUGCAGAAGGACGGACAGAUUUCUGCAUUGCCCAUGGUGGUGGCCGGAGAUGCAGUCAUGAAAGUUGUACCCGGGCUGCCAGAGGGAAAUCUGGAUUGUGCAUCCGGCAUGGUGGUGGCAAGAGGUGCCAGAGAGAAAAUUGCACCAAGAGUGCAGAAGGCCUAUCAGGUCUUUGCAUCUCACAUGGUGGAGGGCGUAGAUGCCAAGCUCCUGGUUGUACAAAAGGGGCACAGGGAAGCACAAUGUUUUGCAAAGCACACGGUGGGGGGAAACGGUGUACAGCACCAGGGUGCACCAAAGGUGCUGAGGGGAGCACCCCCUUUUGCAAGGGCCAUGGAGGAGGAAAACGCUGUACAUACCAGGGUGGUGGAGUUUGCACUAAAAGUGUACACGGAGGCACCAACUUCUGUGUGGCACAUGGGGGUGGAAAGAGGUGUGCUGUACCAGGCUGCACAAAGAGUGCUAGAGGAAGGACUGAUCAUUGUGUCCGCCAUGGGGGAGGCAAGAGAUGCAAGUUUGAAGGCUGUGGAAAGAGUGCACAAGGAAGCACUGACUUUUGCAAAGCACAUGGGGGAGGUAAAAGAUGCUCUUGGGGCCAUCCUGGUUCAGAAUAUGGCAUCGAACAGGAUGGUCCUUGCAAUUCUUUUGCAAGGGGGAAAACAGGUCUGUGUGCUCUCCAUAGCGGGCUAGUGCAUGAUAAGAGGGUUCAUGGAGGUUUCUCAUUGGGAUCUGUUGUUCAGGAUCCUCAUUCGAGUAAACCAGAUGAACUUAAGCAGGUACUCGUUGACAAAAACAUGGAUAUAGACAUGAUGAAAAUGGGGAGUAGUCUAGGCAAUGCUGCAACCUGCUCCGACUUCAAACAGUAUGAAGCUGCUGCAACUGGUCAUGUCUCAUCUAGGGAGGGUGGUCACUUGCCAAUGUCGGUUGCUGUUCCUGAAGGCAGGGUUCAUGGUGGAAGUCUGAUGGCAAUGCUGACGGGGGGUUCUAGCCGUGGAUCAUGCAGCGGGAGAGAUCUAGUUAGUGAACCAUGUGAAUCAAUCAAAGGUUACCCCGUGCCCCAGAGUUGGAUUUAAAGCUAGUUAUCGUUUUCCGUUGUCGUUGUCUCCGUAAUUAACAAAUUUGAUCAGCAUGUUACAUUGUUACUCCCUUUUAUGUUAGAUUAUUGACGAAUGGUUGUUCUGAAAUCCUUUGAAAUUGCGAGAAUAACCAAGUCGUUUGACAAUCUCGUGGAGGGGAUAACAAGGUAGGAAAUUGUACUUUGAUUAGGUAGUUGGUCAUGUUCUUUCUUAUUCAUCCCCCCUCUGUAAAUAUUAUUACAUCUGAUGAAACAUUUAGCAGGUUGUGAAUACAGGUUUGCUACCUGUAAUGUAAGGUCUGUCAGUGUGCCAUGUAUUCUAUUUAAUAAUAAAACUUCACUGAGAUUGUAUUUGUUAUAAUAAUGGUUAUAUUUUUAAUACAUGGUGAUGGUCACCCUCGAGUUUGACAACCA